AUGUCACAACAUCAAGAUACAUCUGCUUCUAAAAAUACUAAGUCUACUCAAAAGGGUAGUGUUUCUCCCAUGGGCAUUCCCGAUGGUGAGAUUCUGGAUGUUGUUCCUCUCUUUGUUAUUCCCUGCGAGGCCAUUGAUUUGAACCAACCCAUUGAUGCCUCAGCUUCUGCAUGUUCUAAUCAAGGUAACUCCUCUAGUAUUCCUUCUGGUUCAACUCCUGCCACUAAUUCUAAGGAAGAUAUACACCACACUGAUCGUGUUAUAAGAGACCUAUUCACUAGAAUCCUUAAUGAAGGACACUUUAUGAAGGGAGUUUCUACUCCUUUUUCUCAAAUGUACCCCUCCCCUGAGGUUGAACAACAUAGUGGUAAGGAUGACGAUUCCUCCAGUUCUGAGAAGGACUUGGCUGCUGAAGGGUUGUGCUCUCUAGGGCAAAUCAUGUCUGAAAAAGGAAAAUUUGUGGCAUCUAAAACUGCCAAUGCUUCCCACUCUGAGAUGCAUCAUGAUGCAAAUGUUGUGAUUGAUCUAGAAGAUGGUAGCUUAGAUGAUAAAGAGGAAAGCUUACUUCAUCACCUAAAGCCAAGUGUGGCUAAACGCAUGAAGACUCGCAAAGGAAGAUUUGUGGUUGAACUUAUGUCAGCUAGAAAAGCUAAGAAGACUGUUGGUAUUAGUCCUUCCAAAUCUUGGAGCAAGGUUGAAGUGAAGAAGAGGAAGGUCAGAGAUGAUUCUGAGUCUGAAGAGGAUGUUGAGGAAGAUGUCCCUGACAUCUCACCUGUGAAGAAAACCACUGCUAGGAAGUCUCCUGGUAAAGUCCCUGUUGUUCAUUUGGAUAACAUCUUCUUCCAUCUUGAGGAUGGAGCUGCAACGUGGAAAUUUGUGAUUCAGAGAAGGGUAACUGUGGAAAGGGAGUUGGGAAAAGAUAUUAUUGAUGUCAAGGAGGUCAUGGACCUGAUAAAAGCUUAUGGGUUGUUGAAAACUGUUGCUGGGUUCUCUCAAUGCUAUGAAGGUUUAGUUAAGGAAUUUAUUGUUAACAUUCCUGAGGACAUUUCGGAUAAGAAUAGAAAGGAAUUCUGCAAGGUGUAUGUGAGGGGCAGAGAUAAUGAGGGUGCAGGAGAACUAGAAGUUACAGAUAAUCAGGUCUGUAGGGAGAUCACAGCCAGACAGGUGAACGUUUGGCCUGUUAAAAAGCAUCUUCCUGCUGGGAAGUUGACUGUCAAGUAUGCUAUCUUGCAUAAAAUAGGAGCUGCUAAUUGGGUCCCUACCAACCAUAUCUCCACCAUUGCUAAUACCAUUGGAAGUCAUGUCGAGGAUAUUGUCAUGACAUCUGCCAUGAAAAGACCAGCCUCAAAAGUUGGAACAAUUACUGAGCUUAAGGAGACCUGCAAAGAGCUAGGUGAAGGGAUAAGGGUAGCAACAACUAGAAAACAAUCGUUGGAAGCCUUGAUUGCAAGUUUGGAGCAGGUUGAAGGUGAAAAUAUUGAACAUGCUAAAGAAGCUGAAGCCCGCACCUCUAGUGAGAGCUUGCUUACAGUGGUUUUGUACUUGGUUGCUGCUUGUUGUGGUCUAGCUGAAGGGGGAGAUGAUGUGUUCUGA